AUGCCUCCGGGACCUGCAAGACGCAAAAAGUCGGUCAAGAAGGGACUCGGAUUCACCUUGAUGGUGGUCGGUGCUUCUGGUACAGGUCGCACAACGUUUGUCAACACAUUGGUCGACCAAAAGGGAUGGUUACCACAUGCUGAUUCGAGUGACCCGAUCGCCGCUGCUGAAGGCACCUCGCACAUCAAAGUGGAGAAGAAGACGAUCGAAUUAGACGAAGAUGGGGUCACCAUCCGUCUCACGGUAUGUGAUGCGCCCGGGUUCGGCGACAACAUCGACAAUGAAUCGGCGUUCUCUACAAUCAUCGGCUAUCUCGAGAAGCAGUACGAUGAUAUCCUUGCCGAGGAAUCGCGAAUCAAGCGUAACCCCAGGUUUGAAGACCAGCGCAUCCACGCCUUGCUCUACUUCAUUCCUCCCACCGGUCACAGUUUGAGGGAGAUGGAUAUCGAAUUGAUGAGGCGAUUGUCUCCUCGAGUCAACGUCAUCCCAGUCAUCGGUAAAGCGGACACGCUCACUCCGAGCGAAUUAAAGGGUUUCAAGGACAGAAUCAUGCAAGAUAUUGAACACUACGAAAUACCAAUCUACAACUUUCCGUUUGAUGCCGAAGAGGACGACGAUGAAGUGGUUGCCGAAAACUCUGAAUUAAGGGCGCUAUUACCGUUUGCGAUCGUGGGAUCUGAGAAUGAAAUCGAGGUCGGAGGCGAACUGGUUCGAGCUAGAGAGUAUCCGUGGGGGGUUGUUGAGGUCGACAACCCCGCUCACAGUGAUUUUCUGCGGUUAAGAACCGCCUUAUUAUCGAGCCAUCUAACGGAUCUCAAAGAAAUCACUCACGAUUUCUUGUACGAGAACUACAGAACUCAAACGUUGAGCCGAGGCGACGCGGACCAAUUGGACCAAUCGAUCCAACCAGAAGAUAUGGCGAACCAAUCCUUCAGAUUAAAGGAAGAGCAAUUGAAGAAGGAAGAAGAAAAAUUGAAGGAGAUCGAGUUGCGUGUGCAACGUGAGAUCAGCGAGAAGCGCCAAGAACUCUUGGCUAAAGAGGAAAGUCUACGAAACAUGGAGGCCCGUUUGGCGCAUGCUUCGAGCGGCCCCUUGGAUGGAUAG